CACUUUCACUGGCGACCGCGAAGGCAGCAAUGCGUGUGUCACGUGACCAGCUGGCACAGCUGAGGGACGGCGAGAGAGGCUAGCGCCGUUAGCUCCGCUAGCUUUGUUCUGUUCCACAGGAAGACGCAAACGUCGCCUUCCACCUUCUAGAAGGCAGCCAGCAAGGCCGGAGGCCGACAGGAAAAAACCAUGGCGGCGUCGCAGCGGACGUGUUCGUAUGCUUCGAGCCGUGUUCGGCGCGCUGUCAAUGUCAAAGUGUGCAGUUAGUAGGCUGCUAGUCCGCCGCGACGCAAGCAAGGCCGGGCGGCCGAAGAGAGGCUGCUGGGUGGACCCGAGAGGAGAACCGGGCCUUGGACCUUCUGGCUCCCUGAGAGGUCAUCUUCCCUAACGUCUUCAUUUCAGCCAUGUCUUCACCAGGGUGCUGCCACCUACCCGGCUCCCUCUGCGAUUACUCCGGGAACACUGAGUCGGACUCCGCGAAGGAUUCAGAGGAGUCCGAUUCCACAGCACAAGCCCAGUUUAUCGCCAAGGUUACAGCUAAAGACGGCCGCCCACUUUCCACUAUCGUCAAAGCCGUGAGCCUGCAAAGUGAUGUCGGCAUGUGUCGGAUUUGUCACGAGGGCGGCGGCGGGGAGACGCUGCUGUCUCCAUGCGAAUGCACCGGAACGCUGGGGAAAGUGCACAAGAGCUGCCUGGAGAAGUGGCUGUCGUCCUCCAACACCAGCUACUGUGAACUCUGUCACACAGAGUUCACCAUUGAACGGAGGCCACAACCGCUCACACAGUGGCUGAAGGACCCGGGCCCCCGCAGCGAGAAGAGAACGCUGCUGUGCGACAUGGCCUGUUUUCUUCUCAUUACGCCCCUGGCAGCCAUCUCUGGCUGGCUGUGUCUUCGGGGUGCCCAGGACCACCUGCAGCUCAAGAGCAGACUGGAGGCUGUGGGGCUCAUCGCACUUACCAUCGCCCUUUUCACCAUCUACAUCCUCUGGACACUGGUGUCCUUUCGGUAUCAUUGUCAGCUGUAUUCAGAGUGGAGGAGGACCAAUCAGAAAGUGCGCCUGCUCAUGCCUGACAUGAAAGGCGCGCACACCACCCAAAGUUCUGUGCCGACCAAGUCGACGAAGAAAAUGACUGACGAGACCAUCGUAUGAGUGCAGCACUUGAUGUCAACUCGGGCAGUAUUGGCUGACCACAAGUGGGACUCUCGGAUGAACUCCUUCCAGAGUCACCGCUGAUUUUGAUAAGUCUUGUCUGAGGACAGCAGGUGCUGAGACCGGCUGGAGAUGACGAUGGACGAACUAACCCGGCUUUGAGUCCACCGCUAAGGUAUGAAAUACUAUAAGACAGGAGCUAAUGUAGCAGGAUAUAACUGAACGCAUGCUACAACAGUAUAAUAUGACAAAUAUUCACUACCUAGAUUUCCCCACACGCACCUUCACUAUGUAUUUAGCGCUUUGUAACAAGGGGCAACCUUUAGCGUGGAAGAGUAUACUACAGCCCUUGAGUUGGGACAUUAACUUUCAGUAUGCGAAACUUAAUCUAUAAGUAGAUCAUCUAUGUCAGGGGUGUCCAAACUACAGCUUAAAGGCCUACUGAAAGCCACUACUAGCGACCACGCAGUCUGAUAGUUUAUAUAUCAAUGAUAAAAUCUUAACAUUGCAACACAUGCCAAUACGGCCGGGUUAGUUUACUUAAUUGCAAUUUUAAAUUUCGCACCGAAAUAUCCUGCUGAAACGUCUCUGUAUAAUGACGUGUGCACGUGACGUGUUGCAGAAUCUUUUGCAAUUUGUUCAAUUAACAAUGGAGACAUCAAAGAAGAAAGCUGUAGGUUGGAAGCAGUGUAUUGCGGCCGGCUUUAGAAACAAACACAGCCGGUGUUUCAUUGUUUACAUUCCCGAAAGAUGACUGUGAAGCUUUACUAUGGAACAGAGCGGUCAAGCGAACCCGGUUGGAUUGGACCACACACACAAAGUACAGUGUAUUAUGCAGCGAUCAUUUCGAAAGAUCGUGUUUCGAAGAGGGUCCCUUGCGAAGGGCAGAGAUGGGCAUCGCCACCACCCGUUGACACAUGCUGAAGAAAGGUGCGGGGCGUACUUUCAGGUUGUACAGCUACGACCAUAUAAUCUUACUAAAACACAAGUAACACAAUAAGCAGAUAAGGGAUUUUCCAGAAUUAUCCUAGUAAAUGUGUCUAAUAACAUCUGAAUCGCUCCCACUGUACAGUCAUUUUUUUUUCUAGUCCUUCACUCUCACUUUCCAUCCAUGCAUCUUCUUCCGCUUAUCCGAGGUCGGGUCGCGGGGGCAACAACCUAAGCAGGGAAACCCAGACUUCCCUUUCCCCAGCCACAUCGUCUAGCUCUUCCCGGGGGAUCCCGAGGCGUUCCCAGGCCAGCCGGGAGACAUAGUCUUCCCAACGUGUCCUGGGUCUUCCGCGUGGCCUCCUACCGGUUGGACGUGCCCUAAACACCUCCCUAGGGAGGUGUUCGGGUGGCAUCCUGAUCAGAUGCCCGAACCACCUCAUCUGGCUCCUCUCCAUGUGAAGGAGCAGCGGCUUUACUUUGAGUUCCUCCCGGAUGGCAGAGCUUCUCACCUUAUCUCUAAGGGAGAGCCCCGCCACACGGCGGAGGAAACUCAUUUCGGCCGCUUGUACCCGUGAUCUUAUCCUUUCGGUCAUGACCCAAAGCUCAUGACCAUAGGUGAGAAUGGGAACGUAGAUCGACCGGUAAAUUGAGAGCUUUGCCUUCCGGCUUAGCUCCUUCCUCACCACAACGGAUCGGUACAACGUCCGCAUUACUAAAGACGCCGCACCGAUCCGCCUGUCGAUCUCACCAUCCACUCUCACUUUCCUCAUCCACAAAUCUUUCAUCCUCACUCAAAUUAAUGGGGAAAUCGUAGCUUUCUCGGUCCGAAUCGCUCUCGCUGCUGGUGGCCAUGAUUGUAAACAAUGUUCAGAAGUGAGGAGCUCCACAACCCGUGACGUCACGCGCACAUCAUCUGCUACUUCCGGUACAGGCAAGCACCAAAAGUUGCGAACUUCAUCGUCUAUGUUCUCUACUAAAUCCUUUCAGCAAAAAUAUCGCAAUAUCGCGAAAUGAUCAAGUAUGGACCUGCUAUCCCAGAUUAAAAAGGAAAAUCUCAUUUCAGUAGGCCUAAAAUUUCAAAUAUCUGAUAGUAUUCAUCUCCAUUAUGAGAACGUGGUGAGUAAUCCCAGGUUAAUGACCAGGAAGGGCAGUUUUAAGCAUGAACAACACAGCAUUUUUUGAUAUGACCCAAUCCGAACAACCUUCCCCUCUCAUGGCGCAAAUAAACUAGCACAAAAAGUCAACACACAUGGUCACACAAAACCCAACCGGCUCACUGAGCUUUGUGGAUAUUAUAAAAACAAAGUCCAAGCACAACACAUAAUUCAAUGUUACACGCGUUUAAAUUC